GACCAGCAGGGCCGUGGAGCCAGGCAUGCUCUCAGCCACAAACAACGCCGCCACACCGGAGGAGGGCGCUGGAGGAUACGGCGGUCUGUUGCUGAGGAAAAUAGGGGUCGGAAUACUGGCGGCCGCCUAUGUGGGGAUGAUUCUGAUGGUUUUGCUGGUGGUGGCGGCGGUUUUGGGCGUGGUGGUGGUGAGGUGGUGGGUGGAGGAACCUGUGUUGUUGAGGGAGAGAGUGAACUUUGACUAUACUGAAGCGCAUCCCAAGGCCACCUUCUCUUUCCACGAGCAGUAUUAUUAUAAGGGUGGUAACUUCCUCGUCAAACACAAGACUCUCGGUGUGCCCGUUGGCCAUACCUUUUAUGUUUCUUUGCUUCUGCUAAUGCCUGAGUCGGAUUAUAACAGAGAGCUUGGGAUCUUCCAGGUGAAUGCAGAACUGUUAUCCAAUGGCAGUGGUGUGAGGACAAGCAGAUCAAGCCAUCCAUGCAUGUUGCAAUUCAGAAGCCAACCAAUCCGGCUCAUGAGAGAACUGAUUUGGGGUCUACCCCUCCUCUUGGGAAUAACGACUGAAACCCAGAAGUUAGUUAUCCCCAUCAUAAGGCACAAGGAGAGCCAUCCAAGAACCGAGGCCAUCCGCCUGACCCUGAUGCCACGUUCCGGAACCCAAGAGCUCCCGCAGAUAUACGGAGCUGAGAUCAUCCUCAAAUCUCAUCUUCCUUGGAUGAAAGAGGUGUUGCAUAGAUGGAAAUGGACAUUCUACGUGUGGGCGACAUUGUACAUUUACAUUGCUCUCCUCAUAGUCUCCCUGUGUUGCUUCAGACCACUCAUCAUCCCAUUCGUGAGUGCAAGGCACGUUAUGGAGUACCCCGAGGACG